UGACUGGCACUGAAAGGCAGCUCAGAUGGGCACUGAUAUGUGGCAUUGAUGUGGCACUGAUAGGUGACACUGAAAAGCAUCUCAGAUGGGCACUGAUAUGUGGCAUUGAUGUGCACUGAUGGGCACUGGCAGGUGGCACUGCUAGGGCUACACUGAUCAUCAGGGCACACUGAUCAUCAGUGCCCUGAUGAUCAGUGUACAUGUCUCCUCUCGAGCUGUCAGCGUGACAGCUCGAGUGGAGAGAAAUGCAGAUAACCGGCAUUUCCCUAUUUACAUGCGAUCAGCUGUGAUUGGACACAGCAGAUCAUAUGACCAAGCCGACAUCUUGGGC